GAACUACACUGAGACAUUCCCUGGGCUGGUUGCAGUGCUUCUGGAGCUGGGCUGUGGACUUCAUUUCCAAGUUCAACAAGAAGAAUGGCUAACAAUGUUCAACCACGUCUCUAUACUUCUGAACUCAAUAACUAUUGCCUGAGAAAAAAUAUGCAGGUUUCCUAUGAAGAAAUUUCAGUGACAGGACCUCCUCAUAAUAUGGAGUUUACAUUCAAAGCUGUAAUAGGAGACAGAGCAUUUCCAGAAGGUAAAGGCAAAUCAAAGAAAGAAGCAAAAAAUGUUGCUGCUGGGCUGGCUCUUUUCAUACUAGAGAAAGAGGAUAUGAGCUCGUUUAUGUCACCUCAACCAUCUCAAAAUUCAAGUGUCUCAGAAAGUAAAACACCCCCCAGUGUGGAUUAUAUUGCUCUUCUGAACCAGAAUGUACAAAAGAUGAGACUCACUUUGGAGUUCUUCAAACAACCAACAUCUGGAUUUUCAAGUUUUUCUUAUAGCUGCAAAAUUGGGAAAACAAGUUAUGAUCCUGGUAGAGGAUCUAGUAAACAAGAAGCUAAACAAGCUGCAGCUAAGAUUGCAUGUCAGAAGAUGCGAUUAGUUGAUAUUUCACAGGAAAAUGAUUCAAUAUCUCCUUCUGCUUGUAACCUUUCACGUACUGAUUCCCCCACUACAUCAUCUCUGAGUACAUCAACCUCAAAUGGUAUGGUGGUUGAAAGUGGAUUCUCAGAAGAUACUUCAGAAAGAAAUAAUAAUAAGAGCUUACAAAGUAUUUCUUCAUAUUCUCCGAAAUCUACAAGUGGUUGUCAACAGAAGGUUAAAAGGUUUUUGGCACCCACUUUUCAAAAACAACUUGACAAUAAUGAGAAAGAAGAAAAUAUGUAUAGUUGCAAUGAAAGGUUUCUCAAUGAUUUUUGUAACAUAAAAAUACUUAGCAGAGGUGGAUAUGGCCAAGUGUUUAAAGGAAUUCACAAACUUGACAAAAAAUCCUAUGCUAUUAAACGGGUUAAAUUUGAUAACGAGAAAGUAAAGCGUGAAGUAAAAGUUCUGGCCAAACUUGAUCAUGAAAAUAUUAUUAAAUAUAGUCUGUGUUGGGAUGGAGAUGAUUAUUAUGAUACUGAAGAGAGUGGACAUUUUCCCAGGUCAAAGAUAAAAUGUCUCUUUAUCGUAAUGGAACUCUGUGAAAGGGGAACAUUAAAGGAUUGGAUUAAUUCUAGAAGAGGCAGUGAGUUAGAUAAAGCUUUGUCUUUGAAUUUAUUUCAACAAAUAACAGCAGGAGUGGAAUAUAUACAUUCAAACAAUUUAAUUCACAGAGAUCUUAAGCCAUCUAAUAUAUUUUUAGUAGAUGAAACCAAAAUAAAGAUUGGUGACUUUGGACUUGUAACCUCAUUGAAAACUAAAGAUGAUCGGACAAAAGGUGUAGGAACACCUCUUUAUAUGAGCCCAGAGCAGAUCUUUUCCCUAGAAUAUGGGAAUGAAGUGGAUAUUUUUGCUUUGGGAUUAAUUCUUUUUCAACUUCUUUAUAUAAGUGCCACUGUUCAGGAGAUAUCAAAGAUCUGGGAAAAUGUGAAAAUUUGUAUUUUUCCAGAAGAAUUCAUCAAGAAGUACCCUAAGGAGCAAGUGAUGAUAGAGAAGCUACUUUCAAAAAAACCUGAAGACAGACCUAAAGCAUCUCAUAUCCUGAGGAUCCUGAAGACAUGGGAGAAAGAAGAAAGUGGUAGAGAGAUUAUGUAUUCACAUACAUAUUAGGUGCUUUAUUGAUGUGGAUGUGCUCUUAUUCCCACCUCUUACUUAUUUUGCGAUUUCUGGACUCUAUGGAAAAGCAUUGUUUUGAUUGUUCUAUCAUUUAUUUUAAUUGUAUUUGACUUAUGACCCCACUUUGGGGCUUCUUGGAAAAAACUCUGGAGUGGUUUGUUAUUUCCUUCUCCAGGUCAUUUUAUAGUUGAAGAAACCGAGACAAAUAAAAUGAAGUAAUGACUUAUUCAAUAUCACACAGUAAUCACUAAGUGUCUGAGGUCAGAUUUGAACUCAGGAAGAUGAGUCUUUUGGACUCUAGGCUGUACAUGGUAGCCAUUGUACCACCUAACUGAUCUGGAGAGCAUUAGAUACUUUCUAAUUAUUUUUAAUGCCAUUUUUUAUUAAUGUAGUAGUUCCUUAAUUUUUUAAUUCCAUUUUCAAGUUUAGUUUUUUUUUUUUUAAAGAAGUUUCCAUCUGUCAUUGAUUUUUCUUUGGCUUACUUAUGUUCUUCAAAAGUAAUAAAGGUCUUUGAAAUCUGAUUAUCCAGCCAUUAAAUUCAGAUGUUUACUCUUUUUUCCACUUUCAGUCUUAUUAAUCUCACCUUUGAUUUUCAGGAUUUCUAAUUUAGUGCUUAGUUAGGGAUUUUUAAGUUGUUAUUUUAAAAGUUUUUUUAGUUGCAUGCCAAAUUGUUGAUCUAUUCUUUUUCUGUUUUGUUAAUAGAAUUUAGAGAAACACAAUUUCCCCUAAAUUCUGGUUUAGCUGUAUCCCAUAAGUUUUAAGAUGUCUUAUUGUUGUCUGUUUUCUAAAAUAAUUUUUAAUUUAUUUCAUUAAAUAUCUCCCAACCACAUAUAAAAUUUAUUUAAUAAUUUUUCUUUAAUAAUAUUUUUUUUUCCAAAAACAUGUAAAGGGAGUUUUCAACAUUAAUUUUUGCAAAUUUUUUGUUCCAAAUUUUUUCUCCUUCUUUCCCUUUCUUCUUUCCAAGACAGCAAGAAAUCUGAUGUAAGUUAUACAUGUACAAUCCUUGCAAACAUAUUUUCCUAUUUGUCAUUAACAAUCUUUUUUUUAAUUUAAUAACUUUUUAUUGACAGAACCCAUGCCGGGGUAAUUUUUUACAACAUUAUCCCUUGGACUCACUUCUGUUCCGAUUUUUCCCCUCCUUCCCUCCAACCCCUCCCCGAGAUGACAAGCAGUCCUAUACAUGUUAAAUAGAUUACAGUAUAUCCUAGAUACAAUAUAUGUGUGCAGAACCAAACAGUUCUCUUGUUGCACAGGGAGAAUUGGAUUCAGAAGGUAAAAAUAACCUGGGAAGAAAAAUAAAAAUGCAAGCAGUUUACAUUCAUUUCCCAGUGUUCUUUCUUUGGGUGUAGUUGCUUCUGUGAGUUAGCUCUCUUUGUCAAAAAAAUCCACUUCCAUCAGAAUACAUCCUCAUACAGUAUCGUUGUUGAGGUAUAUAAUGAUCUCCUGAUUCUGCUCAUUUCACUUAGCAUCAAUUCAUGUAAGUCUCACCAAUCCUCUCUGUAUUCAUCCUGCUAGUCAUUUCUUACAGAAUAAUAAUAUUUCAUAACAUUCAUAUACCACAAUUUACUCAAUCAUUCUCCAAUUGAUGGGCAUCCAUUCAUUUUCCAGCUUCUAGGCACUACAAAAAGGGCUGCCACAAACAUUUUGGCACAUACAGGUCCUUUUCCCUUCUUUAGUAUCUCUUUGGGGUAUAAGCCCAGUAGAAAUACUGCUGGAUCAAAGGGUAUGCACAGUUUGAUAACUUUUUAAGCAUAGUUCCAAAUUGCUCUCCAGAAUGGCUGGAUGUGUUCACGAUUCCACCAACAAUUUAACAAUCAUUUUUUAAAAAUUUAAGUUUCAAAUUCUCUUCCUUUUUCUUGACCCUCCCCUCUCUUUGAGAAGGCAAGCAAUUUGAUUUACAUGCGGUCAUGCAAAACAUUUUUGUUGUAAAAGAAAGCAUAAACAAAACAAUAAAGGCCAGGAAAUUUUUAAAAAGUGUGCUUCAAUUUAUAUUCAGAAUUCAUCAGUUCUCUUUCUGUAGAUGGAUAAUAUUUUUCAUGGGAUCUUUGAAAUUGUCUUGAUUAGAGUAGCUAAGUCUUUCACAGUUGUUCAUACUUAAAAUCUUGCUGUUGCUGUGUAUGAUGUUUUUCUGGUUCUGUUCACUUCGUUUUACAUAAGUUCAUAUAAAUCUUCCCAGAUUUUUCUUUAACUAUAUGUGUAUGCUAUUCCCUCUUUGAGCCAAUUCCAAUGAGAAUAAUCUUCAAGUAUUAAUUGCCACUUCUCCCAUCUAUUUUCCUGUCCACUGUAAAAACUCUUCCUUUCACACUUCUUAUAUAUUAGAUAAUUCCCCCAUUUUUCCUUUCCUUUCCCUUUUUCCAGUGCAUCCCUCUUUAUCACCCUUUACAUUUUUUUUUUUGAAAUUAUCUGUAAUUUGACUAUAUAAUAUGCCUGGGAGUUUUCAUUUUGGGUUCUCUUUUAGGAGAUAAUCAAUGGAGUCUUUCAGUUUCUAUUUCACUCUCUGGUUCUAGGGUAUCGGGGCAGUUUUCAUUAAUAACUUCUUGAAAUAUUAUGUAUAAGUUCUUUUAUUGAUUAUGGCUUUCAGGUAAUCCAAUAAUUCUUAAUUUAUUUCUCCUCAAUCUAUUUUCCAAAUUAGCUGUUUUUUUUCCAAUCAGACACUUCAUAUUUUUUUUCUUGAUGUCUUGUAGAGUCAUUAGCUUCAACUUGUCUGAUUCUAAUUUUUAAGAAUCAUUGAGCUUUUGUACCUCCUUUUCCAUUUGGUCAAUUCUGCUUUUGGAAAUAAGGAAUUAUUUUCGGCAAUGAAUUUUUGUAUCUCUUUUUUCCCACUUGGCCAAUUUUGUUUAAGGGUGUUUUCUUCAGUAUUUUUUUGUGCCUCUGAAACACGCUGUUAAUUGUUGUCUCAUAAUUUUCUUCCUUUGCUUUCAUUGCUUUACCUAAUUUUUCCUCUACUACUCUUAUUUGAUUUGGAAAAUCUUUUUUGAACUCUUCUAAGAAUUCUUGUUGGGUUUCUAUACAAUUUAUAUAUAUAUAUAUUUUGAUGUUUUGCUUGUUGCUGUUUUGACUUGUCUUUUUUGAGUUUGUGUCCCUGUCACAAUGAUAAAUUUUUUUUUACAAUGAUAGAUUUUUAAGAUCAAAUUCUUUUUGUUAUUUAUCCACCUAUUUCUUGAUUUGUAACUUCAUAUUUAAGUUGAGCUUUGUUCCCAGCAUGGAGAAAUGAAGGAUUCUUUUUCAGCUUUGAUAUUUUUCAGCCUGCUGUUUUCAUAACUAAUUCUGGGAAUUUGGGAGUUUUUGGUGCUUUUUAAAUAGUGUGAUUUAGGGAGAGAUGUUAUUGUUCUCUUGGUCUGCAAUCUGGUCCUUACUUAGAAAAGACCCCUGAUCCUUUGAAAUUGCAAUUAUUACUUUUGCUCAGGGUCUCAUUUCCCUUGAGACCAGAUUUGCUGAUCUCCUUGGACCAAAGUGAUAUUGCCUUUCAGGGUUUUCACUCUCUCUUGACUAAAAAUAUUCCUCUUUAACUUUGAACUAUGACCCAGAAGUGGGUAUCAGCAGCUGAGUAGCCAAGUAAUUGUCCUUCAGAAUUCCCACUCUCCUCUUGACUAAAAUACUGCCUUAUUAUUUUCUUAUGACUAAUUUCAGUUCCUUUAACCUUUCCAGCUUGAAAACUCCUGAAAAUGUUUUUUCACCAUAAUGUAUUUCUGCCACUGGUGUUCUAGACCACUCUCCUCCCCCAUGUCACAUAUCUCUCUUUCCAACUUAUUCUGUUGUCUUGGGCUGGAAGAAUAUCUUACUCUAACCUUUUGAUGGCUCUGCCACUCUGGAAUUCAAUUUGAGCAGUCAUUUUAAGGUUGUUCGGAAGAGAAUAUUGGAAUACCUCAGUUUUCAUCUACUCUACCUUUUUGAGUCCAUUCCCGAAAUUUUCUAUUCUCUUUAAAAAGUUGUUUUCUCUAAUGAACAAGAAUUUAUCUCUUCCUCUUACCAUCUUUCUCUCCUCCGUUGUUUCUCUCCCUUCACUGACCAUGUUCAAGGAUCAUACAUCUCAUUCUGAAAUUUUGGUCAUCAUUGUUCCUUUGGAAACUUAAUCUCUAAUAUUCUAUUUACCUCUUUAAUUUCUUUCUUAUUUGUUUUGUGAUUUAUCUAAAUCUGAGAGUGCAAGAUUGAGAUCUCCCACUAUUAUAGUUUUGCUGUCUAUUUCUUCUCACAACUCUCUUAACUUCUCUUUAAGGAAGUUAGAUGCUAUACCACUUGGUGCAUAUAUGUUUAAUACUGAUAUUGCUUCAUUGUCUAUAGUACCCUUAAGCAAGAUAUAGUUUCCUUCCUUAUCUCUUUUAAUUAGAUCAAUCUUUGCUUUUGCUUGAUCUGAGAUAAGGAUGGCUGCCCCUGCUUUUUUGACUUCACCUGAAGCAUAAUAGAUUCUGCUCCAGCCUUUUACCUUUACUCCCUGUUUUAAAUGUGUUUCCUGUAAACAACAGAUUGUAGGGUUCUUCUGACUUUUGAUCUAGUCUGCUAUCCGCCUCCUCUUUAUGGAAGAGUUCAUCCCAUUCAUAUUUACAGUUAAAAUAACUGUUUUUCCUGCCUAAUAUCCCCACUUCUUCCCUAGCAUUAAACUUAUUGGUCUCACUAACGUCACGCAGCUCUUCCUCUUUAGUAUCCCUCUCUCCUCCCUUUGAAUUCCUUCCCCUUUCUUGUACCCUUCCCUUAUUACUCUUUUUCCUUCUCCCUUUUCCUCUCCCACUUUUUAAUGAAGUAAGAGAAGAAUCUCUGUAAAACAAAUAUGUCAAUUGUUUCCUCUUUGAGCCAACUCUGAUGAGAGUAGGAUUCACACAAUGUUCCUCCCCCUCUCUAAGUUCCCUCAUAUAUGAUAGGUUUCCUUUGCCUCAUUGUCGCAUGUAGUGGAAACUUAAUCUCAAAAACUCUAGAUCAGUCCAAGUAUAAAAUCAAGUGUCCAGGAGGUUACUUACAGCAAGAAGAACUUGUAUGUUCAGAAAUGUUCCUAGCAAUAUUAUGAGAGGGAAAAAAGAGUCCGGAAUAAAAUAUGCUUCCAACAAUUGGGAAAUGACUAAGAAAUUAUGGUGGUUGAAUUAAUAGUAUCAUUGCACUCUAAGAAAGGAUAGAUGUGAAGAAUUCAAAGGCACCUAGAAAGAUUAUGAAAUGAGAAAGAGGAAGAUAUAGCAUGACUACAGUAAUAUAAACAAACUAACCAGAAAGCAUAAAAGUCUGUCCUCAUUCUGUGGAUGAUGUUAAUAUUACACUGCCAAAGUUCCAGUUCUCAUAACUCCUUUCUCUCAAUAAAUGAUAAUAUAAUUUUAUUUGAGGAAUGUGCUUUAUGGGGUGGUUCAGUUUGAUGUUUGUUGGGAAGCUUCUGUUGUGUCAAAACAAAGUAUUUCAAUUAAAAAAAAGCUGAGGGUGACCCCAACAAAAUCAAAGAAAGAAGAAAAGGAUCCAUUUUUACAAAAAUAUGUACAGCAGCUCCUUUUGUAAUGACAGAGAACUAGAAAUUAAAGGGAUACCCAUCAGUUGGGAAAGGACUGAACAAUCAUAAUAUAGGAAUGUAAUGGACUAAUCCAACCAUUCUGGAGAGCAAUUUGGAACUAUGCCCAAAAAGCACACAAACUGUGCAUACCUUUUGUUCUAGUAAUAUCACUACUAGGUCUGUAUCCCAAAGACAUCAUAAAAAAGGGGAAAGCACCCACAUGUGCAAAAAUUUUUAUAUAAGCUUUUUCAUGGUGGCCAAAAUAUUGGAAAGUGAGGGGAUGUCCACCAAUUGGAGAAUGACUGAAUAAGUUGUAGUAUGUGAAUGGAAUGAAAUACAAAUAUGCAAUAAAUGAUGAGCAGCAGACAUAUUCAGAAAAUCCUGGAAAGACUUGUACAAACUGAUGCAAAAUGAAAUUAGCAGAAUCAGGAAAACAUUGUACACAAUAUCAGAAACAUUAUAUGAUGAUCAAUUAUGAAUGACUGACAGCUCUUUUGAACAACACAAUCACCUACAAAGGACUCAUGAUGGAAAAAUGCUAUCCACAUUCAGCUAAAGAACUAAUAGACUCUAAAUACAAAUUGAAGCAUAUUUUCCCACUUAUUUUUUAAAAAUAUAUUUUUCUUUUGAUAUGUUUCUUCUUUCACAACUGUAACUAAUACGGAGAUAAUAAUUUACAUGAUUGAAUAUAUGUAAUCUAUAUAAAAUUGCCAAUCAUUUUUUGGAGGAGAGGGGAGAAGGGAGGGAAAAAAAUUAAUGCUAAAAUUUUUCUUGACUAUAUAAUUUGGAAAAAUGCCAUUAAAAUAAUAACAAAAGUGAACAUUUUAAAGACAAAAAACUUUUUAAAAUUUUAUUUUUUCAGUUAAUUAUAUGAAUAUAUCUAUUCUACCUUCCAACCUGCCCCACUACCAUUGCCCCCAAUUUAAGAGAGAAAAAGAAAAACAAAACAUUUGUGACAAAUAUGCAUAGUGAAACAAAAUAAAUCCCCACAUUGAUCAUGUCCAAAAAUAUGUCUCCUGCAACUUGGAUUCAUUACCUGCUCUGUCAGGUGAUAGUUGUUGCUAUUCAUUCUUUGUUCUCUAAGAAGACUAAUGACAUCAUGAGGUAACUUUCUUGACUUGCACAUGAACUGGAUUUAAGUGAGGCAGAACUGUGCAAAAUCUUUAGCCUUCCUCUGCCCUCCAUAAUCAUCAAAGUCCAGUGGCAAGAUCAGAAGGUGGAUAGCAUAUAUUGGCUCCUGCACCAAUCAGAUUUCUUAAGUUGGCAAUAUGCAAUGAAUAAUCUCGAUUCCUAGGGAUUCACUUAUACUACUCAUGACAGGGAAGUGAUAGACUCAUUUUGCAGAAUGAGACAUACAUUUUUGGACAUGGCCAAUAUGAGGAUUUGCUUUGCUUGAUUAAGUAUAUAUGCCAUGAGUUUUGUGUUUUUUUCUCUUUUUAAUGGAGGGAAGAAAAAAUGCUUUUUAAUUGAAAUUUUAACCCCUCCCCCCCAAAGGAUGAGAUAUUAAAUAUAACAAAUGAUUUUAAGCAUUUAUUUUGUGAGGCAUCCAAAAUAUAAAAAAGUGAUUAAUAUUUUUUGAAUUGAAUUUCAAUAGCAUUUUAAAGUAUCCAAAGGACCCACCUAACAAUCUGUGAUGUAGGCAAUACAAAUAAUAAGAUAUUUGUCUUGGCUUCAUGGAAGUUGCACUACAGUAAUGAGAUAGGAGAAAUAAACUUACAGCACAGGAUAAAAUUCUACCCUAAAGACCUACGCCAAGUUUCACUGUGAUGCAGAAAUGAUCCUGGGUUUUGGAAGACUACGCCGGUAAAGUUCAAGCCUUAACAUGUCCUAUUAAGCUAGAAAAGUUUCAAGCACACACAUAAAUGUACUAAAUGUUUGUAGUACAAGGAGUAGCCUGCAAAGCCUGGAGAAGCUCAUCACGCAGUUGUCAUUAGAUGAAUUUUUUUGUCCAUUGCAAUUCACAAAGACCAUCUACUAAGUUAUAGGGGCUGCAUUCAUUAAUAGAGGUGAUAUUCAGACCAAUGAAAUUAUAUGUAAUUUAUUGAAGUAAGUGCAUAAGAGAGAUGCAAACAAUAUGUUCCAUUCCAAAGAAAGGGAAAGAUUAUUAUCAGGAGGGAAUCAGUCUGGGGAAGAGUUGGAAAAUGAAGUAGUAACUGACACUGGAAGACAAUAAUUGAUAAAUUAUUGAAUGUUAUAUAGUGCCAUAUAGUUAAGCUGACAUAGAGAUUGCUUCCAGCUUAGGUAUUUGUGAAAAACUUGGAGGGAAUAUAUUUAUACUGAUAUUUGGACAAAGUUGUCUCAAAGUAGGAAACUAUAGAAAUUAGCCUUUAUUUUUACUAAUUUGGACCUAUAGGAAACCUUACAAUUGCAUCUAGAUUUCUUUUGGAGAAAAAUGAAAAAUGGAAUUUCAGACCAGCUGGUAACAGUUUGAGUAUUCCACAGUGACAAGUUUUAUAAUAAUGCCUUUGUGAUUUUCUAAAUGUUUCUGAUGUCUAUCCUUGAUCUAUUCAUUUAUCCAGUUUUGCUAAUCAGUUUAUUUUGGCCUUAUGAUUCCUGAAAUAGCCUACUGUCUUGGAUCCCAAAGACUUAUGUAUAAUUAUGCUUGAUUUCCUUAUGAAUUUGCAUGGGCACACUGCUUUGCCUCUCACCCAUUAUGGAUUGUGUAUGUAAAUAUCUAUUUUAUUUUUUCCCAUCUGGCACAAUAGAAAAUACCUGGAUAUCCUAUCCUUCUAAUCUCAACUAUCCACUCAUUUAUUUUGGUGUAACUGUCCCUUAUAUUAUUAAUCAAAUAUACUUUCAUGAAGCUCAUUAAUGAAAGUGGUUGAGAGAACUUCCUGCAUUUUUGACUGUAAGGACAAGCUCUUAUUUUAAUCUGAAUCUAAAACUUUAUAUUUUAUGAGGAAGCAUGUCAUGGGGAGUAAGAAAAGUGAAAAAUGACUUCAACUCAUUUUAAGCAAAUGCAGUCAUGAGACAAGAAAUUGUCAUAUUAUUUGUGCACAAUGAUUUUGUGCAUAUAUCUGAUAUUAUUGAACUAGAAAACAGUAUCUCUAGUACUUGAUGGGUCAAUAUUUGGCUCCCCUCCCACAGAAACUCAGUAAUAACCUUUUCAUUUAGCUAAUCUGAUUCUCAGGUACCUCACAGAAUUUAUUAUUAGAUCCUUUCUUGCUUGAUAAUAUCUUGUGUUCUACUGAUACAGCCUUUGAUGAUCCAGGUCUUCCAUUUCACAGUCAUUUGAGUAUAAUGUCAGUGGAAGGAAUCUGAAAAUUAUAUACAUGAAAGUUUAACAUCAACUAAUUAAGAUCUCCCCCACCUCUUAGACUGUAAAUUUUUUGGAGAUAGGAAUGACACAAAAAUUUCUUUUGUAAUUUCCAUAGUACAUAACACCCAGUGCAUAUUGACUGAUUGAUUCUCAUAGGAGUUUUAAACCAGUUGUACAUUAUGCAGACCACCAUGUAUUUAAUUGAAACACUCAAAUUUUCUGAGUCUAACUUGAUGGGAAAUACUUUGUUUAAUCUAUUUCUGAGUUAUUACCAUUUUGUAAUGAUAGUGUAAAGUUGAGAGCUGCAUUGAAUCUUGGCUUUUGACAAUUACUAGCUGUGAAACUAACUGGUCUUUGAACCUGAAAUUUCUUCACCUGUCAAAUAAUACUAUAGAUACUAGGUAGCUCACAAGGUUGCUGUAGAAAUGUGAGUUGUUAUUAUAACUGUAUAAUUUUUUACCCUUCUGCUAGAUUUUAUUUCUUGAUUAUUAUAUUUUAUAUACCCUUCAUUUCAAUAUAUCUGUAUGUGCAUAUCUUUGUAUACAUAUAUAUGCAAAUGUACAUAUAAUUAUAUAAGUUCACAAAUAACAGUUAUAUAUUGUAUUUCCCCCUAUAUAUGUAUUACAUAAUCUCUUUCCUCCCUUGAUGACUACCUCCUGUAACAAAGAACAAUCAAUGUGGGGAUUUAUUAAAAAAAAAAAAAACCCUAACCAAGUCUACUACAUCUCACUCUAUAUGUACUGUUUUAUAUCUAUAUUCACAGUUUCUCACCUAUGCAAAAAAAAGAACUAGUGCAUUUUCUCAUAAUUUUUUGGGAACCAGGUUGGUUAUUAUAACUUUUGUUUUCUAUGGUCAUUGCAUAUAUUAUUUUCUCGAUUGUACUCCCUUUAUUCUGUUAUUAGUUCAUACAAGUCUCUUCAUGCUAAUUUCUGUAUUUUUUCAUAUUCAUCAUUUCUUACACUGCAAUAAUAUUACAUUAUAUUAAUAAUGUAUUAAAACUUGUGUAAUCAUUCUCUAAUUGGUAGGCAUCUACUUACUUUGUUUCCAAUUCUGUGGUACCACAGAGAGUGUUAUUAUAACUUCUUGUAUGCAUAUGGGAUCUUUGUAUCUUUCUUAAUUGAAGUAUAUAUCAAGUAAUAAAUGGGGUCUUUGAAUCACUGA